UUCAGCUUCUCGUUGUUAUCAAUGGCAGGCUUUAUCUUGCUUCUGCUUUGCUCCUUUUUGUGGCCUCAUGUAACAGUAUCCAUUUCAGUGGACAGCAUAAAUACAACUCAUUCAAUUAGAGAUGGUGACACCUUAGUUUCAGCUGGUGGAAUAUUUGAACUAGGAUUCUUUAGCCCAGGUUCCAGCAGCAAAAGAUACUUGGGGAUAUGGUACCAGAAUUCUGUCACGACGGUUCCAUGGGUGGCCAAUAGAGAAGUGCCCCUCAAUGAUACAUCCAGUGUUUUAAGAGUUACCGACCAGGGAAUUCUUGUCCUUCUAGAUAGUAAUGGGAGCACUGUUUGGUCUUCCAAUGCAUCGAGACCUGUUCGUAUCCCAGUUGUGCAGCUCUUGGACUCAGGAAAUCUUAUUGUGAAAGAUGAUGGCGACGGUAAUCCAGAAAACUUCAUUUGGCAAAGUUUUGAUUAUCCAGGCAAUACAUUCAUUGCACGAAUGAAGAUUGGAAGAGACUUCAGAACAGGCCUGGAUCGUUUCCUAUCAUCUUGGAAAAGUCCUGACGAUCCUUCAGCAGGAAAGUUCACAUAUCGAUUUGAGCUUGGAGGAUUUCCAGAGGUUGUAGUGAGAGAGGGUUCGACUGUCAGAUUCCGGUCUGGACCUUACAAUGGUGAGCGGAUGAGUGGGAUGCUCGAAAUGAAGGAAAACCCUAUGUACACUUAUGAUUUUGUUUUUAAUGAGGAGGAGCUAUAUCUAACAUUCACUCCUCGCAAUAGCUCCAUUCUUUUAAGGGGGGUGCUAAGUAGUCAGAGUGGAGCAAUAGAGCCCUUGAUGUGGAUUGAUUCAAAUCGAGGUUGGAUACAAAACCUUCCACUUUACAUAGAUAACUGUGACAGGUACGCAUUAUGUGGUGCAAAUGGUGUCUGUGACAACAACAAGUCCCCUGUCUGUAGUUGCAUGACAGGAUUUGUACCGAAAAGUCCAAAGGAAUGGGAUGCAGUACCAGGGACAGAUGGUUGCGUGAGAAAGACUCGCCUGAACUGUUCUGGAGAUGAUUUUAUAAAAGUCUCUGCAGUAAAGUUGCCAGAAACAAGACAAUCAUGGUAUAACUACAAUAUAAGCUUAGAGGAGUGCAAAAGCCUGUGCUUGGCAAAUUGCACCUGCACAGGUUAUGCUAAUUUGGACAUAAGAAAUGGUGGAAGUGGGUGUUUGCUCUGGUUUACAGACCUCAUUGAUAUAAGAUAUAUAUCUGAUAGUGCUCAAGAUAUCUAUGUGAAGGUUGCUGCAUCAGAACUAGAUCAAAAUGAGAGCACAAGGAACAAAGAAAAAUCCAAUGCGAAGAACAGAACAAGAAUUAUAGCAAGCACCGCAUUGUCUGCAGGAGUGCUAAUUGCAGGCAUACUUUUGGUCUUGCUUUGGCGAAGGAAGAAACGCCAGAGAAAAGGAUUGCAGACAUUCCCCUCAGAUGGUAGUUCUGAACAUCAAAAUCAGACGGAAGAUCUAGAGUUACCAUUAUUUGACUUUACAGCUAUUGUUUCUGGGACCAAUAACUUCUCAAUGAAGAAUAUACUUGGAGAAGGAGGUUUUGGAUAUGUCUACAAGGGGGUUUUGAAGGAUGGACAAGAAAUUGCUGUGAAGAGGCUGUCAAAGAGUUCUAAACAAGGACUCAAUGAGUUCACAAAUGAAGUUAAACAUAUUGCCAAACUUCAACAUCGGAAUUUAGUGAAGCUACUUGGAUGCUGUAUUCAUGCAGAUGAAAGGAUGUUGAUCUAUGAAUACAUGCCUAACAAGAGCCUGGACUUCUUUAUCUUUGAUCAAACUCAAAGCAUGUCACUAGAUUGGUCGAUGCGCUACCACAUUAUCAAUGGGAUUGCGAGAGGGCUCCUUUAUCUUCAUCAAGAUUCCAGACAAAGAAUAAUACAUAGAGAUCUGAAAGCGGGUAAUAUCUUAUUGGACAAUGAAAUGAACCCAAAAAUUUCUGACUUUGGCCUGGCUAGAAGUUUUGGAGAAAAGGAAACUACAGCAAACACAAAGAAAGUGGUGGGAACAUUCGGGUACAUGUCUCCAGAGUAUGCAAUUGAUGGACUUUACUCAAUUAAAUCCGAUGUUUUCAGCUUUGGUGUUCUGGUUUUAGAAAUAGUAAGUGGGAAGAGAAACAGAGGAUUCUAUCACCCAGAUCAUCAGCACAACCUUCUUGGUCAUGCAUGGAGACUUUUUUGUGAUGGCAAUUCCUUGGAAUUGAGUGCUGAUCCAAUUAAGAACACCUGCAUUCACUUCGAAGUACUAAGAGCUAUUCACAUAGGACUACUAUGCGUUCAACGAAAUCUAGAGGAUAGGCCAAGCAUUUCCAACGUUGUUCUGAUGCUAAGUAGUGAAGUUCCAUUGCCUCAGCCUAAACAACCAGGAUUUUUCACUGAGAGAGAUCUGGUUGAAGCUAGUUCUUCAUCAGAUAAUAGGAAACCAUCUUGUUCUAAUGAUUUUGCUAUCACAGUAGUGGAGGCAAGAUAACCGAGAUUUCAUGGAAAUGUUGUGAAUUCUGGUACUCUUAGAAAUUAUGGUUUUUCACCGUAAGUAUUUUUGUAGCCAGUGAACUAUGCUAGCUGGGUAAUUUCAUUUAUUUUGUUGCCGUAUCUGAUAUCUCAUUACAUUUUCAUACCACAUAAAGAGAACAAGCUUCCAAGCUCCUCCUUUGGUGCAUUCUCGAUGUUGAUCUCAAAUUCACAAGCAUCUAAUAUUCUUACAGCAAUGAGAAUGUAAUGAGACUAGAAAAAACCAGUGAAGAUGAGUUAAGACUUUUUUUAACAAAAGAAGAAAAGGCUUUCAGUCACUGUUUACUUCCAAUGGGGGAGUCAAAUGUGCGCAUCUUCAACAAUAGAGACAAAUGUAUAAGUUGAUUUUGCUCUUUGAGAUAAUCAUCUCAAUUUUACUAGUUGGAGCAAGCAUUUGCUGCUCCUUUUCUUGUGUUUUUUGACAGAUUUGUUUUGGGACACAGC